CUUGCUUUGGUUACUUGAUGGAAGGAUCUAUAAAUUUCUUCAAACCAAUUCCUUUGCAGUCACAAUGGUGCAGGCCUGCAAGACAGGAGAGGAAUCCACUGUCAUGACGGAGGAGGUCACUGUGCCGUACACGGAUGAGAUGGAGAGAGGCCGUUCUGGCGUGCCCGAAGAAGUUGUGGCCGGCCGUGGGCAGCUGGAGGCCCUCAUCUCAAACUUGGCUCUAAAUGGCGGCCAGUACCGAGAUGCUGGCGGAACUGCUACCAGUUUGUCUGGUGAAAUGAUGGCCUUGACUCGUGCUCUAUUCUCCUCUUUGGAGACCAGGCUUUCUAGACUCGAAGGCAACAACAUGUCCAACAACAGAAGCUCAGGGGAUUCAUAUGCGCUGCAGAGUAGGCCGACUGCCCUGGAGACCAACUUUCAAAAGCAGGCCGAGGAGCUCGACACUCUGGCCUCAGAGAGCAAGAGGACGCUGGAGCGCCGAGAGGACUUUGACUCCCGCCUCUCCAAGCUGGAGAAUCAGCAUGAUCUGCAAGACAGGAUUUCACGGCUCGAAGGACUCGUGUCUGACAUGCAGAUUGCACGACGAGACCGCAUGGAUACGAUGGAGCAGAAGAUUGCCGACCUCGAGAAGCGCAUUGAGAAAACAGCGCUCGACGAUGAUGAGGAAAUUUCCCGUGUGAAGCGGAGCUUUGAGAACUGGAUGGAUGAGCAGGUGCAGCAGAAGAAAGCGUCACGACCCGGUGUCCCCCUCAAUGUGGGUAGUGCUCCUGCGGUGGCCACUGGAGGAGCAUUGGUGCCGGUUGAAGAGACCAAGGAUACGAAUCUUUCAACCUUUCUCCUGCUAGACAAGCUACGAGUCGCCCAACAACUACCUGCCAAACAGUCACGGGCGGGCGUUGCAAUGGGCCCGAUUCCUCAACCUGACGAGACCAAAUUCCCGCAACGUAACGCACUGGUCCUAAAAGAUAAUUGCGACUACGUGUUGCGUCGUGGACGGCAAGGGAAGCUGAUUGCCCCACAUCCGAAAUCUCCCGCAUCUGCAUCUGAUCCCGAGCAGCUUCUCUUUCGUUUUGACAAAAAACGAGGAGGUUUCCUCGUCCAUAGUUUGAUUGACGGCAAAAGACUGGUUCUGUCCACAGAUGGAGUCCCUCGAUUCGAGCAAACCAAUUCACCAGUGCCAACAUCCAGGGAACUCUUCUUUGUCAUUCCCCGAGCUGACUUUUUCUUGAUGUUGUCUCCACAACCGUUCCCUCAUGUACAUCCUUGAUGAGCUAUGCCACUGCAGCACGAAAGAAUUCGCCAAGUCCUCUCCACCUGAAAAGGCCAGGUUCCGCAUUGCCUGCCAGGGUUAAGCUUGGCAGGUUCAACCGCUCCAAAUAAAGCUAGCUUUUGAGUAGCACUUUUCGUUGAGGACAAUAAACGCAUGCGAUGGAGGAAGAUUUUUUGGGUUGCGUUCAGGAAGCUGUACCGGACUAGCUAGCGGUAACCCGUAACUCCAACCAGGCAUAUCCGCUUCCUCGCUCUGCAUCCACCUUCUCUAAACCCCCCUUAUCCUAGCUAUAGCUAGUGGUCACUAGUUUUAGAAAUAAGUUUAACCCUAUAUUUACC